CGCGGUCGGGUCUGGUCCGCGAUAUGGCGCCUUCUUUCCGGCCCGGGAAGGGCCGCCCGCUGCGGGGCGACGGGGGCUGCGCGGCGGCCCGGGCCGACAGGAAGACGAGGAAGCCGCUGGUGGAGAAGAAGCGCCGGGCGCGGAUCAACGAGAGCCUGCAGGAGCUGCGGCUGCUGCUGGCGGACAGCGAGUUCCAGGCGAAGCUGGAGAACGCGGAGGUGCUGGAGCUGACGGUGCGGCGGGUGCAGGCCGUGCUGGAGCGCCGCGCCCUCGAGGGCGGGCGGCUGCACCGCGAAGCCAGCGAGCGCUUCGCCGCCGGCUACAUCCAGUGCAUGCACGAAGUGCACACCUUCGUCUCCAGCUGCCCCGGCAUCGACGCCACCACGGCGGCCGAGCUGCUCAACCACCUGCUGGAGUCCAUGCCCCUCAACGAGGGCGGCUGCCCGGACUUGGUCGCGGACGUUUUGGCAGAUCCCACUCUCGGCCCCUGGCCCGGCGGUGAGGCGCUGGCCCCGACGGCCGAGGCCUCCCUGGGCCCGGCUCUCCCCGCCCCGGCACCCUCUCCCUGCCCCAGCGAGGAAACCUGCUCCGACUCGGAUGAGGCGGAGGCCGAGCCGGGCCAGACCUCCCCCGAUGGACUGGACGCUUCCCGGACGCGCAGCCUGCCGUCCGCUGGCUUACCCAAAUCCAUGUGGAGACCCUGGUAACGGAGGAGUGUCCAGGAGCCAACGCUGAACCUACCUAUAGCGGGGAGAGCACCGAGCUCACCGCCCCGCAGCGUGCGUGGGGCUGGCACCGCUGCGGGACCGCGGCCCGGGCACUCCCACCCUGUCAGGCCCUGACAGGCUAAUAGCUCAACGCGUUAACAUUUCAUCUGUGCGUGUGUGUGUGUGUGUGUGGCAUUUUGUAACUUCAGGGGUUGAUUUUAUGAGAGGUUGGGGGGGGCUGGGGAGGAGGGAGUUGGGUUUUAGUAGCAAAGCUCUUCAGUGGAUACACAGCAAUUAUUUUAUAACCCUGUCUCUUUCUCUUGGCCCUGAUAAGCAGCCUAAAUACCACUACCUUUUUCUUUUAAGAAAAAGCCCUUGUGCAUUUUAAAUCGUGAUGGUUAACUCCAUGAGAAGCUCGAGCUGAGUCUGCAUGCAGUUUUAAGUGUUCUAGUGAUAGCAAAGACCCCUGAAAGGGGAUGGUGUGGUUAGCAUCUGUACUUGGUAGCAGUCUAGAGUCUCACCUUCAGUGAAGGAAAACUAGAAACCUGGUGGAAUUAGACAAACAUUUGCAAGAUAAUGGUGGCAGAGUGCCUUUUAGAAACGAGUGUCUUUCUGCACAUUUUGCUUUUAGCACAUUUGAGUUUAUAUAUAUUGGGGUGUCAAAUGUUUUUAUUUUUUAAUCUUUAAUAAAAAAAUACUGAAUUCACAACUAAUUGCAUGUAUUGUGGAGUAUGAUGCACUUCUAACUGGUUUUAAAAAGCGAAAAAUAUAGUUCCCUAUUGUUUACUAUUAACAGAAGUAUGUAUAUAUUGUGGAAACAAUGCUGGUAAUUAAGCACUUGAUUCUUGUACUAAGCAUUGUUAGCUCAAGUAUUGGAAUUCAAAUGUUUCUUUUGUUUAAUACUAGAAGACACUUAAGUUAUUGCAGUGGGCAAGGUCAUACUGGUGUAAGGCUGAGCAUAGGCCACAGAUUUCUGGACUAGUUUAUCUGGAUGCCAGUCUCAAACCUACUCUACUUGCUCUGCCAUCUGACUGUUCUCAGACAGCUACAGUACUAACUUCAAAAGUGCUAGUCAAAGCCUGUCCUGGGGUGUAACUUUACAGGGAUCUUCAGUUUGGUGGUUUCUUUGUUUUGGUCUUGAUUUUUUUUUUUUUAUCUCUUGAAUGCAAAGUUGAACAGAGUGUGCAAUGGAUUGGGAAAGUAUUCUUUAAAAUGUAAAAAGUGCCUAGAGGACUGGGUGGGAGACCCUGGGCAUUUUUGUACACAAGGUUUUGCACCUCCUGUGUUUGUACUUUUGAGAGAUGUCAGGUUAUUUACGCUGUGCUAAUACCUGUCAGAGCUGUCACUAAAGAGAAAAAAAUAUCCUGAAGUUGCUUAAUACAUGCAAAUUCCCAAACAGAACAAGCAACCUAACUACUGAGGGAUUAGACAUGUAAGUUUUUUGUUAACAACCCUAUGGAACAAUA